CUCGGCAUCCUCAGGCGCUGCACCUGAACUCUUUCGCGCUCGUACCUACUCUGAUACGACACCCACGCGGCCAUCCCCGGACACCGAGACGGUCCGGUUCGAUAGCCCAAAAAAGGUCGAAGAAAGAAAACGCUUCAACGCCUGUCGCAUUUGCGACUUGCCUUUUUCGCGGAACAUUGCACGCUUCUCUCGCGUUCCACAGCAACGUAGGGUCUCGUCUUGACCGCCAGCUCCAACCCUUUCUACAUUCUGUUGUAUCAGGGUCGUCAUGAGCUCGACUGUCCCGGCGUUUGACGUCUGGCUCACCUAUAGCGGCGAGCCUGAACCGGGCGUGGGCGACUGGGCUUUUGCGCUUGUCUCGCAAGUGGCGAACAACCUCGGCACGCCACGGCCGAACGCGCCUGUCCGGCUCUCUGUCGGCUAUCGCGAUGUCGACACCCAAAACUCCGAGGCUGAUGCCCUCUUGGCCACUCGCGGAGGUGUGGUUGUCCUCAUGAUAACGCCGAGCUUUGUCAACAACCGCAUGGACCUGAGCUGCAUUCGCGAGCUCGCGUGCCUUGGCGAGCUCGUCGGCACCGGAACGGGCAAGAUCGAGAUCCUCCCGGUCCUCAUUGGAGUCUCGGCCAACGAGGCGCGCAAAGCGCUGGUCUUUGGACGUUUUUGCAGCUGUCUCCACUCGAUCCUGGCCGAAGGGUCUGAGGCGCGAUUGUACCUCGAGUUGCCGGCGACGCUCGACCGUGACAACCUCGCUACGGCUGAGGCCGUCAUCGCUGACGCAGUCCGGGCCCACUUUUACGACAACAAUCGUGUGCCUGGUGGCAACAUUGACGACGCGUUUUCGUUCGUGGUCACUCGGGUCGACGACUACGUCCGGUUCUCGCCUCCUGACGACCAAUUGGGCGUGAUGGUACGGCUUGCACAGGUCUGCGCGCCGAACAUUCCGGAGGACGGACUUGCGCACCACAACGUGCGCUCCAUCAUUGACGCGCUCCCGGCACCGGUGUCAACAACGCCAAUUGCACUCCUGCGGCGGUUCUUUGUGGCAGAGCAGCAUAGGCUGGGCGGAGCGCCGGCCGACGCACCAGCGGAUCCGGCGCUGCUGGAGGCUGUCGAGCGAGGCAUCGCUCUCAUUGACGACUUUGAUGCCAAGUGGCAUGCCGUCCGCAUGGUCCCGCGCAAGCUGCGCCUCGCCAUGGACGAGCUCAUUGUUGCCGCCAACACCUGGGCCACCCGCCUCUCUGCCAACCUCGGUGCGACUCCGGACGAUGACACGAUCUCGAUUGGGUCGGACGUAGCCGGACCAUCGGCUCCGCCACCGCCCACUGCCCGGAUCAUCGCGCGGAGCGAGACGGAUGGAGCCGCGGAUGGAGCGCAUGCUGGGGCGGCGACCGAGGUUGGGAGCGGGAGCAGCGACGCCGUCACGACCGGCCCAACGGCACUGUUCACUCUGUCAUCACCCGCAAGGGUGGGGACAUUGUUAUGGAACCUGGCCUUGAUCUCCUUGCUCUCUAUGACAGCAUGCUUGAGAUCAUUUCGUCGAUGGGCGACUCACGGUGCGGCAAGUCGUGGUUUGCAUCGGAUCUUGUCCGUGCGCUUGUGCGCUUUCUCUCGGAGCACGAACUCGGCUUUCCGCCGGAUUGCCUUCCUCUCUACCCGUUUGAUGUCCGUCGUGGAUAUCUCAAACACUGCACUCUGGGCGCAGACAUGUUCUGGCCGCCAAUCUUGCGGCGGGCGUUUGUUGAGCUCAGCUCUGACCGAGUCGACUUGGACGGUCCUGUGGCGACCGGUUUUGUGCCGAGCAGUGACGCGGACAGUAGUAUCACGGACGAGGCAGUCGCCGACCUUUCCACCUCUGACACUCCUGUGCUCUUUAUGGAUGUCGAGGGCCGUGGUGGAUGCGACCGGACCCACGAGCAGGAUGUAGAGAUCAUGCUUCCAGUCAUGUUUGUCUCGCGGGUCAUCCUGUUCCACACCAAGUUGAACCUUCCGCGCGACUUGCUGACCCAAGUCCACCACCUUGCACUCGCUGCCCAGCAACUGCAGGGCUCGGGCCCGGCGCGCAAGCUCGGGCACCUCAUCAUCUGCCUCCGCGACGUGCAAGAUGUCGAUGCGGCGGACGAAAUUGCCGAGGCCAUGCGCGCACCCGAGCUCGCGGAGAUGAUGGCUGCCGUCGACAACACGUUUGCGUCGCUCUCGGUCGCGUGCCUUCCCCGCCGCUGGGCGGGGCAGCGAUGCGCGAUGCUAGCAAGCGCAAACUGGAGGCGCUUCCGGUUGAUGCCGUGUCUGAGGCAUGGCGCGAUGCCAUAGCGCAGCUGGCGGAGCUGAUUCUGGUCCGCCUAGCCGAUGGCCGCGACUCGCUUGCUGCGCAGCCGCUCAAAGGCAGCCAGGUCCAUCAGCUCUGGACGCAGACGCUCAACAAGGCCGUGGAGGACUUUUCGGGAGCAGAGACGUUUCUGCGUUGCGCCGAAAUGACGCGCGCGGCGCAGCGCGAGCUGCAGUUGGAGCUCGAGGCGCGGAGCGAUUCGACAUGGUCGCUGGACACGUUCACGGGUGAGAUCGACCUGGUCUUUACGACCAAGCGCAAUGCACUGCAGAGCGCGCUCACCGCGCAUGGAACCGAGCUUUACAAGCUGCGGCACAUGGAGCUUUUCAAAGCGUUUUAUGCAAACGUCCUGCGGCCGCGACUGGUCUCGGCCUUUGCUGACAGCCGGCUCACUGAGUUUGUCGAGCUUGUCGGCCGGCUCGAGGAGGAGGUCAGCACGCAGGUGAUGAACGGCAGCAAGCGCGAGCCCAAGUCGGUGCUCGCCAUGUUCCGCAACAUGCUCCGCUCUGAGCUCUCGCUGCACGAGACGUCUGUGGCUGAGGCUGUUUCGCUCUUUGGGCAGGAGGCAGUCGACGACGAGGUGAUGGCGGCGAUGGCAGCGUGUGUCGCGCGUGGCUUUGCCUGCCACAAGCUUGCGUUUGCAGGCGAUGACGACAAGCCGCCGCUCCCACCGGGUGAGUUUUUCCUCCACAAGAUCUUUGUCGAGCUACAGGGUGGGAAUGCGGCUGCCGGGCGAGCGGCCCUUGCGCAACACGCGAUUCCGAUCAUGGACCGAAACACCUCGUUCAACCUCCUUGCUCUCCUCCACAACGCGCAGGAUCCGCGUCUCCUGGAGUUCUCCAAAGUCCUUCUGGAGGUGCACAAGCCACGUGGACACACGGCCAACGCGGUGUAUAAGGCAGUCCUUUGGGGCGCAUCGCAGUUUGGCAAGCUUGAGGAUGUGGAGCGCUUUGUUUCGAUGGCCGGCGCGCGAGCUCUAGACGGGCUUGACAUGGUGCGACACUUUCAGCUGUGCUCUCAGGCGUACGGUCUGCUCGCGCUUCAGGAGCAUGCGUCGCGGCGGAUGUUUGUGAUGGAGGCUCGCAAGGCGAUUGCGUAUGGUACGCAGGCAAAGAGCCAUCCGGCGAUCGGCCCCGAGAUGGGCGAGGACAUGAUCGGGCAUGCGCUGCUUCUUCUUGCGCUGUUCCGCCGUGACCAGCGUACGUUUGGAGGUACGCUGCAGCGGCUGCGCGUGCUCUCGCUGGAUGACGUGCUCGAGGCGUACGACACUGGAUACGCGCUGUAUGCAGCCAACGCGUCUAUCUCGGUCAACGAGCGUGUGGCGGAUGUAGCCGCGGUGCUGGCGGAGCUCUCGGCGUUCGCGCCCGACUGGGCGGAGGAGCGCAUUGCCGAGCUGUCUGCCCGAGCCGAGGCCGACGGCGCGUCGGCUAUUGUCGAGCUGUGGGCGCAUCUAGUGCCGAAGCAGGCCAAGCAAGGCAACAUUGCGCAGGCCGACCGGUACUGCCGGCGUGUGCUCGAGCGCGGCAUUGAUGCCGUGUCCGACAGCCGGAAGGCCAUGGUCCUUCGCAACUGUGCCGACUUUCUGGGCGAGCACGGCUCUUUCCCGGAGGAGCUUCCCCUCGUCGACGACCUGUACCGCAGGGCGUGCCUCGCAGCGGUGCAGUUUGGUAACGCCGACCUUGUCGAGUCGAUGGCCAAGGCCUUUGGCUUUUAUCUUGUCAACCAUGGUCGGUUUGACGACGCCAAGCUUGCGUUUCAGUUUGCCGAGUUGCCCGACCCACGGCUCGUUCUGCGCAUUGGGCGCGAUUUGGACACAACAACGCAGGCGGCAGCUGGGCCGGCGUCAACACCAACGCCGACUCCAGCGCCGGCAUCACCGCACGCUUUCAGGCCGAAACGCACUUCCAGGCCGGCACGCGCUUCCAGGUCGGCACCCGGCUGGUCGGGGGGCGCCCCAUCAGGCACCACUGGGGGUAUGCGUCGCCGCGGCUACAACCCUGGCAAUCCGGUCAUCGAGGUUCUUGACUCUACCUCGUCCGACGACGAAGAAGAGCCUGUGCUGCCGGAGCCGCAUGCCACCCACUUUGCGCGCGGACCGGGUCAUGCGGGCGGAGCUGCUCCAUCUGCUCCCGGGGGCGCUUUUGCUGAGUUUGUGCGCAUGGUGGCAAACGCGGCGGCCGCGUUUGGGCAUGGAGCGUCGAUGCCGGGCGCAAUGCCGGGCGUGAUGCCGGGCGUGAUGCCGGGUAUGGCGCCAGUUGGGAUGCCGGGUGCGGUACCGGGCGCGGUACCGGGCGCGGUGCCGAUGCCGGACCCGAUGCCUUUUGGCGCGAUGCCACGAGAGGCUGACGAGAGAUCGGACACGCCCGAGUCGAGCGAGGAUUCGACAGACUCGCUCGAGGCACUGCUUCGGCGCGCCUUUGGAAGGUCGAUGCCGGUGGCGACGCCUGCGCGGCCACCUGAGUUUGGCAACGGCGCGGAUGAGCUGCUGUGGGGCGGAGCGACGCGCGGCGAUCUGUUCCUGGUUCGGAACGCACUGGGGCAGACGCCUCGUCCGAACGUUCAGAUGUGCAACUCAAAAGGACAGUCGGUGCUGUCGCAUGCUGUCGAGGCUGGGAACACGCAGGUUGUGAGUCUGCUCAUUGAGGCUGGAGCAGCGGUUGACGCUGCAGAUGACGACGGGCGCACGCCGCUGUGGUAUGCGGCGCUCAAAGGCAACUCUGAAGUGGUCCAGCUCUUGCUCGACCGUUUUCCGGGCGACGAGCUUAACGUCAACGCGCGGCGGACGUCAAAUGGAUGCUCUGUCUUGUACGUGGCGGUCGAGGGCAAGUCGAUGGCAACGUUGCGGGCGCUGGUGGAGAGCGGGCGCGAGUUUGACCUCGACGCGCGGGCAAAUGAUGGGAGGACGCCGCUCCAUCGCGCGGCGCUUAGCCAGUCGGAAGAGAUGGUGCGGCUGCUGAUUGCGUUUGGCAUGGAUGUCAACAUGCUUGACGAGACCGGCGACUCGCCGGUAGCAUGUGCAGCGAUCGGGAAGCACGCCGGGUCGAUUCGGGCGCUGGUGGAGGCUGGCGCCGGCGUCAACACGGUUAACCAGCUCGGCUUGACGCCGAUCCUGCUGGCGACGGUGAUGGGCGCGACCGAGUGCGUGAUGACGCUGAUCGAGCUGGGUGCAAGUGUGCACGUGACCGACAAGGAUGGGUUCAACAUCCUCGCUCUGGCUGCGCUGAACAAGCGCACAAACAUUGCCCGCGCUGCGCUCAACGCCGGGUGCUCGCUCGAUGAGCCAGAUUUGGAGAACCGAACGCCUCUUUGGCAUGCCGCGCUCAAUAAGUCUACCGACAUUGUCAAGCUCAUCCUAGAGCUCGGCGUGGUCGGCGAGCUCAGCGUCAACGGGGUGCGGAGCACCAACGGAUGCUCGGUGCUGUACGUGGCGGUGGAGAGUGGUGAGAUCGAGGUCGUCCGCGCGCUGCUCGAGUCGGACCACGCAGCGGAGCUCAACCUCGACCUCGCCACCAAGGACGGCCGGACACCGCUGCACAAGGCAGCCUUGAUGGGACACGUGGAGAUGGUGAAGGCACUUAUUGAUGCAGGUGCCACCGUCGACGCCGAGUCCCGCAGCCAGCGCACGCCGCUGUUCAUGUCGCAGAACGCUGAGAGUCCGCAAGAUGUGCGUGUGGCAGAAGCCCUGCUUGCCCAUGGAGCCAACAUCAACCACAUCGACGAGGAUGGAUUGAGCGCGAUGUGGCUUGCGACUCUCGCGAAAAAGGAGGAGCUUGCGUGCAUGCUCGUUGCGGCGGGCGCCGAGCUGGACGUGAAGGACUCGGACGGCGACACAGCACUCAUGUUGGCGAGUGUCCAUGGAUCUGUGGCAGUUGUGGACGCGCUUCUGACCGCCGGCGCAGAUCCAAACGCAGCAAACCAGGCCGGGCGAGUCCCAGUCUGGGCAGCGGCCUUCAACCAGCACAUCGAAGUUGUGCAGAUGUUUCUGCAGCGUGUGCCAAGGGGCGAGCUCGACGUGGCACACCGCGAUCUGGAGGGCCGGACCAUGUUCUAUGCGGCAUGUGAGGGCGGGUCGCUGGCGAUGGUGCAGCUGUUGGUGGACAGCGAUCACGAGAUCGACACCGAGUCGGCGUCUGUGGACCAGAACAUGACGCCGAUCUUUACUGCGGUUUGCCGCGACCACGUCGAUGUCGUCCGGUGGCUGCUUGAGCGACAAAUCGGCGGCUCACCUGCGGAGGUGGCAGCCGGGAUGUUCUGCCCGCUUCAGGUUGCCGCCGAGCGCGGUAGCGUCGAGAUUGUCCGCCUUCUCCUGAACUCGCCGGAGGUCGACGUCAACGCGGGGCGCGACACGCUCACAGCGUUUGAACUCGCGUGCAAGGGUGGCCACGUGGAGAUUGCCGACCUCCUCGCCGCCGAUGCACGGGUCGACACCACGCUGCGGCCGCUUGCAGUGGCCGGUGCUAUCGCGGGCUUCAACCCACGGGCGAGGAUGCUUGUGGAGCGGUACCAUCAGCCACAGACGGCGUAAAUAGAAUCAAUCAACAA